AUGACAAAGUUAAUAGUUGUUUGUGGCGUGACCGGCAACCAGGGGCGCUCUGUCGCAGAGACAUACCUCAAAGAAGCUGGAUGGAGGGUUCGUGGAAUCACUCGAGAUGCAACCAAGCCAGCUAGCUUGGCGCUGGCUGCUAAAGGCGUCGAAAUCGUUGAAGGCGACUUGGACGAUGCAGAGUCUCUGAAAGCUGCUCUUCAAGGCGCCAAUAUUGUCUUCGGAAACACCGUAUUUCCCUUUAUGUUGGCACUGACCUCGAAUCCGCAAUUGAAACCAGGACAGUCUGUCCUUGAAUGGGCCUACGAACUUGAGGUUCAGCAAGGAAAAAACUUGGUAGAGGCCGUUGCCAAGCUAGACUCGCUUCAACUAUUCAUCUGGUCAACACUCUCAGCAACUCGAAAAUGGUCUGGUGGAAAAUUCCAGAAUGUCUACCACUUCGAUUCCAAGGCUGCUGUGGCUGAUCACCGGCGAGACGGCACGAUGGUCCUCCGUAUGCCAGGAGAACUCAAAUAUCCAAUUCCACAUGUUCUCGUUCAUGAAACAGGAAAAUACGUCAAGGCACUAGCUCAGGCUUCGCCAGGCACGCAUUUGCUGGCUUACUCUGAGUUUCUGACUUGGCCAGACUAUGUGAGCCUGUGGGGUAGGAUGACCGGAGUCCCGGCAGUAUUUGAAUCCAUUACCAUGGAUGAUAUGGAUAAGCUUGCUCCGGGAGGCUUUGGCCUCGAAAUUGGGGAGAUGCACGCAUACUCUAUGGAGUUUGGGUACUGGGGAAAUGAUCCGUCGGUUAUAUACCCGGAGCAAGUAGGUGCACUAUGGUUAAGAUUCCCGAACGAGACGAAGCUAACUGUCAUCAUUAUUCAGCUUGGCCUCAAGGGAGAGCUGACCACGAUUGCGAAUUACAUCAAGGGAGAGGACUGGUCUGAACUGCUAGGCCGGCCUGCAAUGGAUUGA